UAAGCAACACUAGAUAUCCCUGAUUUUGUAAUGGCGGCCAGGCUAGUCAUGAAGCUGCCGGCUCGUUCAUCUCUCACGCGGCCGAGCGCUCGCGGCUCCUCCGGCCGCCGGCCAUUCAGCCUACCGUGCGGGGUGCCACAGAUGCGACCGAGCCAAACUAAUUCCAGGCAGGCUCUGCCGAGAGGUUCUUUCCCAGUCGGCGUCAACCAUGUGGGGUGCUACCGACAUGACCAAGCAGAGCUCACCGGCAUGCCAUGGAUAGAGUUGGGAUUAGUAAAUGGCAAGGUUGAGAGGGAGCCAAGAGUGGCUAGAACAACGCAGCAGCUACAACCACACGAACCAGAGACAAGGUACGAGAGGACAGUACAUGGGCAACUUUCCAUGGUUGAUGUGCUCGAAAAGAUUGGAAUAUCUCGACAUUUUGCUGGCGAGACGAAGAGUAUCCUGGAUGAAAUAUACAGUUGUUGGUCACGGCGAGACGAAAAGAUUAUGCUUGACCUGGAGGCAUGUGCCAUGGCAUUUCGCAUCCUACGAAUGAACGGCUACGAUGUCUCUUCUGAUGGCAUGUCUCACGUUGCUCAAGCCACUGUUGAUUUGAAUCUGAAUGACACAAGGUCUUUAUUAGAACUAUACAAGGCUUCACAAGUCAGCAUCUCUGAAGAUGAGUUGAUUCUGGAUAAUAUAAGAUUGUGGUCAAAUCGCCUAUUGAAGGAACGACUGAGCUCUAGUGCGGCACCAAGAACUACACUCCUUUCAGAGGUAGAACAUGCUCUUAAUAACCCCUUCUACACCACAUUGGAUCGUCUAGAGCAUAAGAGGACCAUCGAGCGAUUUGGUGUUAUGGAGCAUCAGAAGCUAUACUCGCAUCGGCAGACAAAUCAAAAUCUUCUGGGUUUGGGCAUCGUGGAUUUCAGUACAAGUCAAUCUGUUUACCAACAUGAACUUCAACAUCUUGAUAGUUGGGUGAAAGAGAGUAGGUUGGACCGGCUACCUUUCGCACGACAAAAGGUGGCAUAUUUCUACCUCUCUGCUGCUGGCACCAUGUUCCUCCCAGAGCUAUCUGAUGCUCGCAUUAUAUGGGCUAAGAAUGGUGCACUCACGACUGUCGUUGAUGACUUCUUCGACGUCGGGGGUUCACAAGAAGAAUUGGAGAACCUCACUGCAUUAGUUGAGAUGUGGGACAAGCACAAGGAAAUAGAGUACUACUCUGAGCAUGUCGAAAUCGUGUUCUCUGCGAUCUACAACUCAGUGAACGAAGUUGGAUUGAAGGCUUCUAGAGUGCAAGGCCGCGAUGUCUCUCGUCAUCUAAUAGAAAUAUGGCAGGAUUUGCUACGGAAUAUGAUGGCCGAGGUGGAGUGGAGGGAGACAGGAUAUGUGCCGACACCAGAGGAGUACAUGGAGAACGCUGUUAUCUCAUUCGCGUUGGGUCCGGUUGUGCUCCCAGCGUUGUACUUCGUUGGGCCAAAGAUCACAGAGUCUGUUGUCAGAGACCGAGAGUACAUCGAGUUGUUUCGGCUCAUGAGCACAUGCGGCCGUCUACUGAAUGAUGUCCAAACAUAUGAGAGGGAGUACAGGGAGGGCAAACUGAACAGUGUCUCGCUGCUGGUUCUUCAGAGUGGUGGUUCUAUGACCAUAUCAGAUGCUAGGAAGGAGCUGCAGAGGCCCAUUGACAAGUGCAGGAGAGACCUGCUGAGGAUGGUCCUGAGGGAGGACAGUGUCGUGCCCACGCCUUGCAAGAAGCUGUUCUGGAAUAUGUGCAAGACGUGUCACUUCUUCUACUUCCGGGGCGACGCCUUCAGCUCGCCAAAGGAGAAGGCCGGAGCGGUGGAUGCGGUGAUCCACGAGCCGCUCCGAGUCCCGGGGAAUCUAUUAUUCGACCUGUCUGAUUUUCGAACCUGAAGCAUGUCUGUUUUCCGGCGUGGCAGCGGCCCGGGUUGUCUCCGGUUCCUUUGCAUGGUCUGUUUUGGUUCUGCACAUCCGGUGCUUUGCUCCGUGGAUAGAUAUGGUGCCGAGUAGUGCAUUCCUCUGAAUGUUUACGAGCUA